AUGACUGAAAGAUUUUUACCGAUAUGUCUUGAGAAUAUAGAAAAUAUUAAACUAAUCAAUCAAACACGAAGAAUACUACGAGGUCAGCAGGCGUUAGACACGAGACCGUACAUGGUUUAUCUACGACCCGCAGCAACUGCAGAUCCGAAGCUAAAAGAAUCAAACUGGCUCUGUGGAGGAGUGAUCAUACACUCGCAAUACAUACUGACAUCGGCAGCUUGUAUUGAAGAUAUCAAACACUUUGUGGUCGUGUCGGGAACACAUAAGUAUACCUAAUUAAUUUAAUAGUUACAGAACGUAAAUGAUUGCAUUAAAAAUGGAGCAAAAAAAGCAAUCUGGAAGUGCGUUCCAAAAGAUUACGUAUUCGAUGGUACAGAGUUCGACAAUAUACGUUGGAUGACAAACGAUAUAGCAGUAGUAAAAGUUGAAGAUGAUUUUAAUUUUAACAAACGUAUACGUGGAUGUGACUUUACACCUAAAUUAAUAGCUUAUAACAAUCAGUCUCAAGACUUAGAAGCUCCCGGUACAAUCGCUUCUAUCGCUGGUUGGGGGUCUGUUGACAGAUUUAGUGAUAUAAUAUUUCGAUCAAAUGUAAACUCGCCUGAAUUAUUGGAAACUGAUGUAGUACUGAUAUCCAAAACGAAUUGCAAGAAAAGUUGGGCGGAACGGUACCACCACAUCAUAGAUCAGAGCAUGGUGUGUGCGAAGGAUGGUGUUGACACAGACGCUAUGAGCGCUUUAUGUAGGGAACAACAAAUCGAUUGCAAAGAACUAGUGUACUCUGAUGAAACUGAAGAUCAAACUAAAACAAGACGAUACAUUUUGGAACCAGAAUCAUUACAAGUGCACGGAGCGAGUCACUUUAACCAAGCGAGAAGAUCAAAAAUAGUAUCUGGUGGAUUUUGUGAGAACGAUCAUGGCGGACCUCUUGUCGUUGGUCAUGGAAGAAGUUCGACCGUUAUUGGUGUGAUAUCUGCUUGCAUGACAGCAAAUUUUACUUUGAAAUGCUAUGGACCCUUCCUCUAUACCAGUGUGUGGAAGAACCGGCAUGUUAUUAGCUGUGCUAUUGAUAAGGAAAUGAGCACAACUUGUAGAAGAUAUUUAAACUCGACCAACACGAAGUUGAUUGAAACGACUCUUGAUUGGAGUGACCGUGACAGGCGACUAAACGCGCCACUACACCAGCAUUGUCGUAUUUAUUAUAAACUGGCUGUGCCUUCAACUUCAUCCACGUGGAAUUUAACAAAAAGUUAUUGUUCAGUUGUAAAAUCAAUCAACGUAACUACUACAAUAACACCAAGUAUUCAAAAAAUUCUUCAAAAGACAAAUAUAAGUCAUAUCAAAGAAGUUUUGAAUGGAUCCAGAAGAAUUUUAAAUGGAGAAGAAUCACGGAGCAAUAGACCAUAUAUGGUUUAUUUAAAGCUUCCGUCAAACAAUCCAAAAUAUAAGAACUAUCGUCGCUGGCUCUGCGGAGGUGUGAUAGUCCAUGAGGAAUAUAUACUGACAUCAGCUGCUUGUAUUGAAGACGCUAAGCAUUUCUACGUCGUAUCCGGAACGUUUAGAUAUAACCCAGAUGAUAAUCGCCAUAACAAUAUAUGUAUCAAAAAUGGCGCAAAAAAGGCUGUCUGGAAAUGUAUUCCGAGGAAUUACGUAUUCGAUGGCCACGAGAACGACAACAUUAGGUGGAUGAACAACGAUAUAGCUAUCGUUAAAGUGGAAGAUGAAUUUGAUUUCACGAGACGUAUCAGAGGAUGUGAUUUUAUUCCGAAGCCAAUUUGUUAUAACAAUCAAAGCAGUCGAUAUGAAGAACCCGGAAAUAUGGCGGUUGUUGCUGGAUGGGGAAGCACUGAUAAGUAUAAUGGACGACAAAAUGAAUACGAAACUCAGGAACUUUUGGAAAGCACCGUCGAGUUAAUUUCAAAAAAACAUUGCAAACAACGCUGGGGCCCUCGUUACCACAACAUAAUAGAUAACUACAUGAUCUGUUCAAAAGACAGCGCGCCGGAGUUGAGUGAAGCUUGCAACGAUAAAUACGUUGAGUGUACGGACAUAAUGUAUUCUGGUGAAGAUGAAGAAACACGCCGUGUGUUUGAUCCUAAGAAACUAAUAUUACAUUCAGCAUAUCACAACGAAACUGGAAGGAGACAGCACUCUGGUAGUGGAGGCUUCUGUGAGAAUGAUCACGGCGGUCCACUAAUCUACGGGCAAGGGCCGAAUGCUAUAGUAAUCGGAAUCAUAUCAGCCUGCCUCGUCAAGGAGCGUACUAACAAGUGCUACGGGCCGUUCCUCUACACCAGUAUUUACAAGAACCGAGUCCUCAUUGAUUGCGCCAUUUAUAAGGACGUCAUGAACGAUUGCACGAAAUUGUUUAGAGCCAGUGAUUCGUUCAGAGAAGAAGAUUUGAGUUGGGUAGAUCAUCCGGAUGGACCCGCAAAAAAUGAAGUAGCCAAAAUGAGAAGAAUAGAAGAAAAAGUUAGAAAUAUUACUUUACCAACUACGAAAUCAUUUUUCAAUGUAGUAAAGAAGCUAAGAGGACCGACUUUAAGAACAUUCUAUGAUCAUGCAGAAAUGAUAUUAGGAAGUUUAAAUGUUACAACAAAUAAAUAA